AUGAAGCGCCGAAAAAUUGAGACUGAAUAUCACCCUCGCAAGCGCCCCAAAAAAGCUGAAAUGAAAUUAAUAAAGCUGGCAUCAUGGAAUGUCUGUGGACUUCGCUCAAUGCUCUCUAAAGGUGGAAUUCAGCGCCUGAUUGAGUCUGAAGCUCCAAAUAUCUUAUGCUUUAAUGAGACUAUGCUACAAGACAAGAAUAUUGAAGAUGUAGAACAGCUUUUCCCCAGUCAUUUUAAUAAAUAUUGAAAUUGUUCACAUGGGAAAAAAGGCUAUUCAGGGGUAGCUAUACUUACAGAAAUAAAGCCAGAAAGAGUGAUAUAUGGAAUAGGCACAGAGAGGCAUGAUAUUGAAGGUCGAGCAAUUACUGCUGAGUUCAAUGAUUUUUUCCUGUUAAAUACAUACGUUCCAAAUGCUGGAAAAGACCACGCUUAUAGGACCCAACAGUGGGAUUUAGCAAUAAGAGCUUAUAUUAUGGAGCUCCAAAAAGUAAAGCCUGUCAUUUGGUGUGGCGAUUUAAAUGUUAUUCAUGAGGAUAUCGAUAUUUAUGAUAUACGAGGAAAAGAAACUUGGGCUUGUCUUACUCCUGAAGAAAGAGGAAAUUUCCAUACAACUCUUGAAGUUUGCAGACUAGUCGAUACUUUUAGAUAUAUGCAUCCAGGGGUUAAGGGAUGGAGCUAUUUUAGCAGAAGAAAUGUGGGAGCACAAGAGAAGGGUCAAGGCUGAAGACUUGAUUAUAUUUUGAUCUCUCAAUGCUUGAAACGAAACAUUGAAAAAGCGUAUACUCGGCCUGAUAUUUUGGGGAGUGACCAUCAUCCUUGUAUUUUGCACUUGCUUGUGUAG